AUGCUUAUUGUUCAGGAAUCAUCUCCUCCUUCUUCUGCGAGUAUGCCGCCACCGGCAUUCCUGCCUUCCUUUGGUAAAGCAACUUCGAAAGGUCUUGGUGUAGCUGCGAACAUUAUGAGCAAAUUUGGGUAUAAGCAGGGUGCCGGAUUAGGUCGAGACGAACAGGGAAUGAGUACAGCACUGACGGUAGAGAAACUUGGAAAGAAUGCGGGACUGAUUAUUAAUGAAAGCCAAAGUAAUCCAAGCAAUCCGCCUCAUGUGACGGCACCUCCUAUGGGUGUGGGUCCCGUGAAUAUGGCUGAAGCAAUCAAGCGAUCAACAAAAGUGCUUAUGUUGACGAAUAUGGUUGGUCCCGAUGAAGUGGACGACGAGCUCGAGCCCGAAAUCCGUGACGAAAUGGCAAAAUAUGGACAAGUAGCUUCUGUUGUCAUUCAUAAGUUAAACAAUGUAAGCGAUGAACUGGCAGUACGGAUUUUUGUGGAAUUCACGAAUGUCGCGCAAGCAAUCAAAGCGUUUGUUGUCAUGAAUGGACGGUUCUUCGGAGGACGAUCUGUAGCUGCGGCAUUCUACAAUGUGGAUGAUUUCAAUAAUAAGGACUACGGAAAGUAG